AUGUUAACAUCUGUUCUCGGGAAGCUACGAACAUUUGUUGAAUUUGUAAUAAGAACAUCUACUUCAAGUAAAACCAUGGCACGAACGAAGCAAACCGCCAGAAAGUCAACAGGAGGAAAAGCACCCCGGAAGCAACUGGCUACCAAGGCUGCUCGUAAGAGUGCUCCCGCUACGGGUGGAGUAAAGAAGCCCCAUCGUUAUCGUCCAGGAACAGUUGCCCUGCGAGAAAUCCGCCGCUACCAGAAAUCAACCGAGCUGCUGAUCCGCAAACUGCCAUUUCAACGUUUGGUGCGUGAGAUUGCCCAAGAUUUUAAGACCGAUUUGCGCUUUCAAAGCUCGGCCGUAAUGGCUCUCCAGGAAGCUAGCGAAGCCUACCUGGUAGGACUGUUUGAGGAUACCAAUCUGUGUGCGAUCCAUGCCAAGCGUGUGACCAUUAUGCCGAAGGAUAUUCAACUAGCGCGCCGGAUCCGAGGGGAAAGAGCUUAA